AUGGCUGCAACCAUAGCGAACAAUCAUGAUGCGGCCAAUGCCAAACCCCUCCUUCUAAUGACUGCCUUUCCUGGUGAGGGUCAUACGAAUCCACUUCUCAACGUCGCGGCCCACCUUGUCAGGGUUGGCUACGACAUAGUGUUCAUGGCGCCAUCAAUCUUCCAGCAAAAGGUUGAACAAACCGGCGCCGAAUAUCUUUACAUCGACAAUCCUAUCACUGAGUCCGUACUUCAAGCGUUUCAUGAUGCAUCAUAUUUACCACAAGGCCCCGAGAGGUUAGCUGGUCAAUACAAGGCGAUAUUUCUGGAGAUGCAGCCGGUACGGACACAAAACACUGAGAAUGCCCUCGUCAUGUUGCAAGCCCGCGACCCUAGUCGCCAGAUCAUGUUCAUGGAGGGUGUAUUUAACUCUUCACUCUGGGCCUUUAGACACGGGCGACCCCUUCCCAAGGGACUUAAUGUUUUGCCGAAAUCAAUUGGUUUUGGUGUUGCACCUGUGUUGGUCGAGAGUCAGGACACUGGGCCGAUUUCCCUCGGCUUGUUCCCCGACUCCACUGAGUCCGGACGUCAAAGAAACAAGAUUCUUUACGACCUUGUGGAGAAAGGACCUAUGAAGCUCCUAGCGGAUGGAUGGCGCGAGACGCUCAAAAAGUGUGGGUGCACGAACAUCCCAAACGACACAAUGUUCAGAUCGUGCUACACCGCCCACGACUUUGCCUUACAACUUUGCUCGCCUAGCCUUGACUAUACAUUGUCAGAUCUACCACCUUCUCUGGAGUUUGUAGGUGUCCUUCCUCGCAGGCCUGUGACGUCCGAUUUCCAGUACCCUUCAUGGUGGCCUGAAGUGGAAAAGAGGCAUGAGUAUAAUUACCGCCAUGUCCUCUUUGUGUCACAGGGCACCCUCAAUCCAGUCUGGACUGAUCUAAUCAUUCCAACUCUGCAAGCUUUCGCUCGCAAACCCGAUGUUUUGGUUAUUGCAACGUUAGGGGCUCGCGGCCAGCAUCUUCCCCAAGAGGUCACCAUUCCUCCCAACGCUAGAGUUGUGGAUUACCUUCCCUACGAUACAAUACUAGAAUAUUCGGAUGUUUUCAUUUCCAAUGCGGGAUACGGAACACUCACUCAUGCUGUCGGCAAUGGAGUGCCUGUACUGCUCGCGGGUGAGAACGAAGAGAAGCUUGAGGUGACAAUGCGGGCGAUAUAUGCAGGGGUUGGGCUCAGCUUAGGCACACAGACACCUACAGCAGAGCAAGUGAGGAAGGGCGUCGAGCAGAUUUUGCAAGAUAACAGCUACAGAAAGACUGCAAUGAAGCUAAAGAUAGAAAACGAUGGUAUGAAUGCACUAGCAACCAUAGAAGCAAAGGUAAAGGAUCUCACACAUUAA